CCAGCCUCUUCUAAAUCCAGUGGGAAUGAUGUAACUACGCGCCUGUGAAAAGCAGUUAGUACGUUGUUUACGAAGCAAGAUUAGCAGAAAAGUCGACGAAAUACCAUUAGUGGGUAUUUCUUGCUGCAUCACAGCAUCCGGUCGUCCUGUCGCCCCCAAGCAAAGGCUGCCUCUGUGUCUUGCCUCGCAGAAUGUUGACAUUACUGUCACUGUAGUGGAAAGGACCACAUCUGUAGACAGCCGCUUUGACAGUUCUCCACCAUGUCCUGCUUUAAUGUCAGUCCUUUCACCCUGGUCUGGCUCACCUGUGUUGUCCUAGGCCUCUUGGUUGGACACACUCAUGCCCAAGUUGUCCUUACAGUACCCCAGGAGCUGAGCCUGUCACCCAACAAGAGUACACAGCAACUCUCCAUAUCCUGGUUGGGAGGAGAUGCAACAUACUUUGACCUAAUGAUCCUCAGAACGGAACUCAAUGAAACUGUCUUCUAUGAGACCGUGUCUUCACGAGUGAAUCCAUUGAGUGGUCGACACCACUGGACCUGGACCUCAGUUGAACCUCUAGAGUGUACCUCACUGUCAGUCCAAGUCCGCUCAAGAGAUGGACAGGCAACAAGUGAAUGGAGCAGCACUCAGAUACUUCAAGGAAAUGAUAUUCCCAGCAUUGAAAAAUCCCAGAUGUUUCCCCAAGACAGAAUUGUAUAUGUGGGGUCAAACACCACUUUCUGCUGUAUUGUGAAAGAGGGAAACCAAUUUGAUACCAUCCACUACGGAAGCACAGUCAUGAAUGUAACAAGACUGAGUAGACGAACUUACACCAUCACAGUGACCAAUCAAAUGCCAUCUCAACCCUCGGGAACUAACGUUUUUUGUAGGAACAAACCAGAUCUUUGUGGAACAGUCGUUUUUGUUGGAUACCCACCACAGCCCAGUGAUUUUGCGUGUGAGACUAAAGAUUUAAAAUCAGCUGUGUGCUACUGGAAUGAAGGCAGAGACACACACCUGUAUGGCAUACGACGAACACUAUAUUCCCUGAACAAUAGGACCUGUGUUGUCAGUGAUACAGAGAAGCAUAAACAGUGUGCUUCAGCUCAGUGGGAGGGGACCUGGACACUGAAAGCUAAGAAUGAUCUUGGCCAGUACACACUGAGUGACUCGGCAGAAAUUCGUCACAGAGUGCAUCCAGUAGCACCACAGGAGCUCACCUCUGUUGCCUUUUCCAGCAAUUCCACUGUCCAAUGGAAGUGGAAGUAUGACAGCUAUGCCUCCCUAGCUCUUGUCUGUGAAGUAGUUCUUACCUCCCAAGAGUUUGAAAAAAAAUAUACGUUCUCAGGUGUGGGCCUGCAGUCUGCGUUUUUCUCAGACCUGUAUCCUGAUGAAGAAUAUGUUGGUAAAGUCCGCUGUGGUGCUCAGCAGAAUUUCUGGAAGUGGGGAAACUGGAGUGAACCAUUUAACUUUAAAACUAAAGUUUCUGCUCCAGAUCCUCCUGAUGUGUGGAUGCGGAUGAACGGAGACGACAGUGUUCAGAUCAUUUGGAAGCGUCUGUCACGAAAACAGAGUCAUGGUCGUAUCACAGGUUUUAUUGUUACUCUCUGGAGCUCUGAAGAAGAUCUACAGCAAAAUCAUUUUUCGGCAAAUACUUUGACUGUCUCUAUCAACUUGACAGAGAUAUCUACGUUGAGCAGAGACAGGAAGGUCACAGCAAGCAUUUUUGCAAAGAAUGCUGGCGGGUUAUCUCAACCCGCAAACCUAGUUCUACCUCUACAUUUCACAGAACCCACUGUUGUGUCGAGGGUAGUUUAUUCCGAUGGGGGUUUCCCUCUGUCCUGGCAGAGUGAUGCCAACGCCCCCUGUGGUUAUGUGGUGGAUUGGCAUGAUGCCUUCUGCAUGCCUAACUGCUCUGUGGAGUGGAUCAAGGUGGCUGCUGAAAUCACUGAUAUCUCCAUUGAGUCAGUAAACUUUGAGCCGGGUGUGAGGUACAACCUUUCCCUGUACAGCUGCUCCUCAGAGGCACCAAAACUCCUGCACCGUUGGCAGGGUUACAUGCAAGAGCUGGUCCCCUCCAGUGCCGUCUCACAGCUGAUAGCCAACCAGCAGGACUCUGCUGUUCUCCUCACCUGGAAAGAGAUCCCAUUGUUUAACAGAAGAGGCUUCCUCCAAGGCUACAACAUUUACAUUUCCAAUGGCUCACAGCUCACACUUCUAGCUAAUCUGUUAGACCCAGGAAGAAGAGAAUACAGAGUACAGGGCCUUUCUGAGGGGUCCUAUAAAUUCACUGUCAAGGCCUAUACCUCAGCAGGGGAGGAUACAGGAACUACGUCUUCCAUAACGCUGGAAACACCCAUUUAUAGGUUCAUCCUGGCAAUCUUGGCUUCUUUGGGAUUCACAUCCUUGUUCAUGGUGGUUGUCGCCUUCUUUUGCUACAAGAAAAGAAAAUGGGUGAAAACGGCAUUCUAUCCUGACAUACCUGAGCCCAAGCUGCCUGGUGAUUGGUCUAGAACACAGAGACCGCUGGAUGUGAAGCCAUCUCCCCAUAGUAUGGUUCAUAUUGUCGAAAAGCCAGAAUGGGACUCCAGUAAGGAAGUGCUCAUCGCUAUUCCUGAAGACAAUGAGGGUGAAGAUGGGUUGGGAGAUGAGCCGGCUGACACCGAUGAGCCUACAUCACUGCGUUACUACAACCAAGUGGUAGAUGAGAGGCCGAUUAGACCACGUUUCCCAGACUCUUCUCUUUCUUCUACGUCUUCUCUGGAUUCAGGACGCACUGAUGUAACAUACACAGGGAUACAGACUUCAGGCUCUUCGUUUGUAUUCCAGCUUGAUUCAGAGGCCUCCUCUGAGGACCACAAACAACAGUUAGCAGUCGAGCACUCGGCCAGCUGUGAAGAUGGGGGGCUAGGUUACCGGCCUCAGAUGCAGCCUAGUGCGCCAAGUGAUGACAUGGGCCCAAUGUCAGCAGAGGCUUUUGAUGAUCCCCAGGGUGGCCCUGGUUCUUGGGGCUACAAGCCCCAGUGCUCCUGGCAUUUAGACUCCCCCGUGGAAGCAGAGGAAAGUGCUGGUUUUGCGCCUUCUCUUGGAUCCCCGACCUCUGUUGCUUCCACUCAGUUCCUCCUCGCUGAUGGUGAGGAACAUGUAGAAGAGAAACGACAGUCAUCAACGGCAGCAACCUGGUUCACCAACCUGCUGUCAUCCACAAAACAGUGAUAAUAUCUCUGUGUAACUAGUAGCAGCCAGGCCAAAGGGUCUAACAAAAGACUUUCAGAUUUAAUAACAGUAUGUGAAUCAGAGUUGGCUGGGUAAAUCUGCCUUUUGUUAUAGCACUACAGUGUACAUUCUUCACAAAUCUAUAGUAUAUUGAAUUCAUACUAUAAUGUUUCUCUUUCGUGAUCAUGAAUUGGAAUCUAUAUAUUCAUGUCAACACCAUUCUAUUUCCAUAUCAAAAUAUAUUUUGAGAACUUAUUUUUAACCUUAUUUAUUCAAUCCCUUUGGCAAUUCUCUGAUGGCGACUAUAUCCUUUCACUGCCUAUUCAAUGUGUUUCUAGAGCACAUGCAGUUUUUAGAAUACUUUCAAAUGUUUUUAUUUCCAGUGAACCUUAUUACACUACAAAAACUGAAUGGAAGGACAUUUUCAAGCUACAUAGCAGCUUAAAGGAAAUCUUAGGACAAAAAAAUGUGUACGGCUAAAGCUCUGCGUUAUUACACUAGCAGUGUCUUGUUCUGGUUACUCUUGCCUGCUUUCUGACAGCUGUAAACAACUUUUAUGUUAAGAUGGAAUUAUUUUUGAAAUGUUACUGUAGAAUCAGUGACAUACUAUUAUAAAUGAGAACAGGCAUUACUGUAUUUCACAGAUACAGGAGUGGUGCUUUCUGUAAAUGGUCUGGAAUUAUGUGGGUGAUGAAUACACUGAUAUAAGCUAGAGCAAACAUGAAAAACCGAUGUGAUUCAAUGACCAAAUACAAUAUUAUGCUACUUAGUACUUGUUACCGUUUAUUUUGUCUUCCUCAACCAGUUCACCUAUUUUUCAUAAGGUAUUACACAAUAAGGCCAGUGUCGUCUUUACAUUGUGACUCGUCAUUAAGUUGAUUAUUAUUGAUAUUGAACAGCUUGUAAGAUUUGACUUGAAUUUAAAUUUUCUAGUUAAACCAAUUGCUUCCACUUAAUUGCACCAUAUAAUUUCACAUGCUGCCUUACUCCUAAACAGUACUUCUAAUGAAAACUAUAUUUGACUAGUUCACCAAUCCAGUAUACUGGACAUCCAGAGUCCACCGGCACUGAGUGUAAUAUACAAUGUUCCGUUCUGUUCAUUCUAGCAGUGCUGAAACUCCUCCUCAUGAUGUUACUUACAACCCCUCUUAGUUACUGUGUGUUUCUGAUGAAUCCUGAAAGAGAGAGAGAUGAAUUUUUUUGUCGCUGUUCUUGGAAGCCUGUUUAUUUUUAAAAAGCGUUAAUCCUACACUACAUUUAAAGAACUGUGUAUUUUUUAUGGAAAAAUGGAGAAUUUACAGAAAUGCUGCCAGUUUUAAUGUGGGGAAAAUAACUUGGAUGAUUGAUAGUUUCAUAAUUCUGUCAAACACUGGUUCCUAAUUGCCCAAGUUAUUUCACAUUCUCUAUUAGCUUUCCCACUUGUGCUACUUAGUGGUUGUUUGUGAGUCAUCGUUGACUGGAUUUCUCAGAAUUCUCAUUAUGCAAAUGAUAUCCUUUGACUCUCUAAUCCAAUGUUAAUCAAGAUGUUUGCUUUAUUGUAUUUUGUGGUCAGCUGUGGCUUGCUGAUGUGGCAGUCUGUGGUUGACUGAUGCACAGUGCCUCCAGCCAACAAGCUUUAAGUAAAACUACUGUGACAUGAACAUGACUUCUAAUGGAUGGCUUCACUGAUUACUAUAUACCCGGCUGGCAGUCUUCUUUACUACUGAGAAAUAUGCAUCUCUUUUUGUCUUUGUCAAAAAACACUGAUCUUAACUGUAACCUGCAAAUGAGGGAAAUGGUUGACAGAAUUUGCCACAUCCUGCCCCAGUGAAACUGAAAGAAAAAUCAAUUUUCUUACAGUUAUCAGUGAUCACUUCCAAGACCGGGUACAGUGGAUGUAGCUUUGGGUAUUUAAAUGUGGCUGCAAACAAUUUUUCUUAGCUCACUGUUAAGCAAAGCAAAGCUUUAGAGACUAACCGAUGAACGCUGUAUGCUUUAACGUUGACUUGGAUCAACAAAUGGCGCACUUUUAUAUUCCUCGCUUUUAUGCAACUAACUGUAGAUAAUUGUGAAUGUUAUUUCAUUUGUUUCAAAUGUAAUUUCUUGUUAAAAUGCAAAGUUUUAAGUUACAUUGUAAAUAAUAUUCCUAUCAACAUGCAGAUUUAAUGUUGUCUGACCACUUUUCUUGUGGCAGAUGUUACUGUUGACAACACCAGAUUUGUAAUCCCAUCCAAUGAUGUGGUGUCACACUACUUGUUGUGUGUUUGCCCUGUAGAAACGUAGGUGUGAGUGAAGAAACAUGUACAGUAUGAUAAAAUGGCUUGGUAUAAUGGUGGAAAUCUGCUUUGCAACCCUGUCAGCAGUGUGUGUUUGCCAGACGCUUUGAAAGUAGGGAGGAAUUCUCACCAUAAAGACCGGUAUGUCACUGGUGGCGAGCUACAAUCCUUUCAUUGUUUGUGUAAACAUAAAUGCAGUUUUUGUCUCUUCUGUGGAUUGUACACCUGCUGCCUUAUAUGUGCCCCUACGUAUUUUGCAAUACUGAAGCAUGCUGUGUAAACUAUAACUGCAGUAUCAAAUUUUUUAACCAUGUUUAUGUUAAUCUGUAGCUUUAACACUAACACAGACUAAUGUGCAUGAGAAUGUGAUUAAAGCAAUGUGCACCUAAAGAGUUUUUAUUUCUGAAAGUGCUUUGCUGUUUGUGAUAUUUUGAUAUAUUGAUUGACAGAUGGUAAAGUGCUUCUGAACUUAACACUAAUAACACGAACUGAAAUGUUAUGUUUAAAGGCAAUAAAGUUUAUUAGCAGACUA